GCACGUUCCUUUUCUCCUGUGGGCCUUCCUCUUUUUUGGAGUGAUCAGUUCCAGUCCAGUCCCAAGAAAGCUUUUUGGGGAGAUCAGAUCCCCCGGUUAUCCCAAGCCAUAUCCCAACAAUAACAUCAGCCGCUGGGAUAUCCACGUCCCAAAAGGCUAUGUGGUGAAGCUGACCUUCAGAUAUUUUGACCUGGAGCCAUCUGAGUCCUGCUUCUACGACUAUGUUAAGAUCAAAGCAGACAAGAAGAACUUGGGCCGAUACUGUGGCCAGCUUGGGUCAACCACAGGCAAUCACCCAGGAAAAAAGCAGUUUGUGUCUAAGGGGAACAGGAUGCACCUGGCGUUUCACUCUGAUUUCUCCAAUGAAGACAAUGGCACAGUGAUUCCUUACAGGGGCUUCCUGGCCUAUUACCAAGCCGUGGAUCUUGAUGAAUGUGACCCUAACAACGCUGCUGAGGAAGAUGAAAGGCCUCAGUGCCAGCACUUCUGCCACAACUAUGUGGGUGGCUACUUCUGUUCUUGCCGGACUGGCUACCAGCUUCAGAGUGACCACCACUCCUGCAAAGUGGAGUGCAGCAGUGAGUUGUUCACAGAGGCAUCUGGGUACCUGAGCAGCCCUGAGUACCCCCAGCCCUAUCCUGAAGACCUCCGGUGUAACUACAGUAUCCGUCUGCAAAAGGGCCUUUCUAUCAUCCUCAAGUUCUUGGAACCCUUUGAGAUUGACGAACACCAGCAAGUCCACUGUCCUUAUGACCAGCUCAAGAUCCAAGCACGAGGGAGAGAGAUUGGUGAAUUCUGUGGCAAGGAGUCACCUGGCAGCAUUGAAACCAACAGCAAUGAGGUGGACAUACUCUUCCUCACCGAUGAGUCAGGGUUCAGCCGUGGCUGGAAGAUCCACUACACCUCGGAGAAAAUACGGUGCCCACAGCCUGUCCCACGGGAUCCGUUUACCAUCAUCAGAGACCUGCAGCCUGUGUAUCAAUUUCAGGACUAUUUCAUUGUCAGCUGCAAGACUGGGUAUAACCUGAUGGAGGGCAACCGAAGGCUGCUGUCCUUCACGGCUGUCUGCCAGGCUGAUGGGACAUGGCAUCAAUCCAUGCCCCACUGUGAAAUUGUGAACUGUGGCAACCCUACAGACCUGACCAAUGGGGCAUUCAGCUAUGUUAACAAACCUGCAAACAACAACUACCAGUCAGUGAUCACAUACCGAUGCAAUGAGCCAUAUUAUCACAUUGUCACCCGAACAGGCGGUGACAGAUUCACCUGCUCUCCUGAGGGAACCUGGGUGGAUCAAGUGGGCCAGGCGAGGAUUCCUGCCUGUUUGCCAGUGUGUGGGAAGCCGGUCAACCCCGUCGCUGAAGUCCAGCGGAUCUUGGGCGGCAAGUCAGCAAGGAGUGGCAGUUUCCCUUGGCAGGCUCUGACUGGCAUCCAUGGACGAGGCGGUGGUGCGCUCCUGGGCGAUCGCUGGAUCCUGACUGCUGCCCACACCAUCUUCCCCAAAGGGGCAGGAGGGAACAACAUAAGCCUCGACCAGCUAGCAGAGGAGGCUGAUGUUUUCCUCGGCCACACCAAGGUAGAAGAGCUCCACAAGCUGGGUAACCACCCUGUACGUAGGAUCUUUAUCCAUCCAGAUUACAACCCUGAAGAUGAGUACAACUUCAAUGGGGACAUAGCCCUGCUGGAGCUGAAACACCCAGUAACCUUGGGCCCUACAGUACUGCCCAUCUGUCUCCCAGAUACUAGCAACACCACGUUCUACACGGAUGGGCACAUGGGCUAUGUGAGUGGCUUUGGUGUGGAAAAAAACUUUAUUUCAAAUCAUUUGAAGUAUGUGAGCCUACCAGCGGUUGCUCAAGAGAAGUGUCAGAGUUGGCUGGACAGUAAGAAAAGAGAGAUAUCUAUGGUUUUCUCUGAGAACAUGUUCUGUGCUGGCUUCCUCACAGUCAAACAGGAUACCUGCCAGGGGGAUAGUGGGAGUGCCUUCACCGUGUUAGACACAAACAGUGGUCGCUGGGUGGCUACCGGUAUUGUUUCUUGGGGUAUUGGCUGUGGCAAAGGUUAUGGCUUCUACACCAAGGUCCUCAACUAUUUGGACUGGAUCAAAGGGAUAAUAAGGGAGGAUAGGCUCUAG